AUGAGCCCACUGGACAGGUUUGUGGUAAUUCAAUCAGUAACAAUAUGUUUGAGUGUAUUUUCACAUAGUAGCGUGCUAGCAUCUGCAUCCUUAGACUGUCUGGUGGCAGAGCAGGGCUGUGUCCAGGAGCAGUCUUGCAUGGUGCUCUACAGGCUGUUGGAGUACUGUGCAGCUGAAGAGGCAGUGUCACCGCUUGGCCCUGAAGCCCGUUGGGAGUGCUUGGAGGCCCAGAAUUCCCUUCAACACUACCGCCCCCUUCAGGUUUGCAAGUGCCAGCGUGGUUCUCGUAGAGAGGAGCAUUGCCUCAGGGUGUACUGGACAGUCAGAUUUGCUGCGUACGAGGAGUAUGAAGUGUCUCCAUAUGAAGAACUGGAAUUAAAUUUAGUGAGAAACAUUGAGAUGUCACACAUGGCCUCCAUCAUGGCAGCUUCCUCUCAUUCUGUGGAUGGUCAAAACCAAUGUCUAAAGGCAGCACAGGACUGUGGACUGUAUGAGAAGUGUGGCUCUCUGCGAUCAGAGUAUGUUGUGGCCUGCACCAAGCGAGCAACCGGCUCUGACAGCAGCUGCAACCGUCAGAAAUGCCACAGAGCUUUGCGACGUUUCCUGGAGCGUGUGCCCGAGGAGUACAGCUUUGCUCUUCUCUUCUGUCCCUGUACCGAUACUCUGUGUGGGGAGCGUCGGCGGAAGACCAUCGUUCCUUCGUGCUCAUUUGAGGAAAACACUAGAGGAGAUGAACGAGUGGGCAAACCCAAUUGCCUCAGCUUGCAGAUCUAUUGCUCCAGGGAUGAGCUGUGCAGAUCUCGGUUUGCUGAUUUCCAGCACAACUGCCAACCCUCCCCUGUAUCCUCCUCUGGCUGCAUGCGGGAGAGCAAAGCUAUGUGUCUCAAGGCCUACACUGGACUCAUAGGCACCAUAAUGACUCCCAACUAUGUCAGCAACAGCAGCAUGGAGGUUUCUCAGUGGUGCACUUGUGAAGGCAGUGGGAACGAGUGGCAGGGCUGUCAGCGCAUCCUGCACAUGUUCAGCACCAAUAUCUGUUUGCGCAAUGCCAUCAGCUCCAUGGGAAGCUCUACACCUCCACCUGUGGAAAGCACACCUAUGGCAGCCUCUCAGCCUUCCCCACGGGUCUACCAGGAGAAGGUUCACUUCAGCGUUGACACGCUCCAAGACUUUACCAGUAUGGAAGAGAGUAAAGAAGAGGAGAAGGAGGAAAAAGAAAGUCACGAGUUCAAUGUUAUUCCGCCAUAUUCUGAAAAGGACUCAAAUGUGGAAUCAGGACCUCGAGGGAGCCAGCAGGGAGCUGCAAGCCAAGCAGUGCCUGCGUCACCACUCCUGCUAUUGCCAACUAUAUCCCUGGCCUGGGAGCGUUGGGGCUGAGACCUUCAUCCCAUUGUACACACUCAUUUUACACUCAGCUAUCACAUCCA